ACGACUCCAGGGCACCGGGAAAACGACGACCCUCGGUGCGCCGCGCAGGCUGGGGCGCAGGGCGGGCGUCCGAUUUCAACUCUGCCAACGCCUAGAGCGGGGGUGGGGGAGGGCAAGUGUCGCGGUUCUGCACUGAAACCGGACGGGGGCACUUCGCGCGGCCACCGUCCUGUCCGUCCAUCUCGGCAGAGCAGAUCCUCGCCCCCCUGAGGAUCCUUGUCUGGUGACGGGCGAAGGGGCGGCCCGCCCACUUGUUCGAAGAAGCUCGCCGCGGCCAAGCCGUCGCCAGCCCCAAUCACAGCCCGGCUCGCCUCCGGCAAGCGAAGAGCGCCCCCCCCCUCAGCGCGCGGGGCCCUCAAGGACUUCCGCUCUUCCGCUUCCGGCGGCCCUUUUUUCCCCGCCCACUCCCUGCCGGGGGAAGAGGGACGUCGUUGCGCGACUGCGCUCUGGAGAGGCCCAUCGGGGGGACUUGCGGGAUCCUGGGAGUGGGGAAGAAAGGAGGGCCGACUUCCCAGGGCGCCCGAAAGAACCACCUGCGGGUCGAGCUUUUAGAGGCCUGGGCCUCCGCACGGAUCCCGAAAUGGUUCUGCUCCAUGUGAAGCACGGUGAUGAGAGCCAAUUUCUGCUGGAGACAACGGUCAACAUUUCCAUUGAAGAUUUAACACAAGAAGUGACCAAGAUUUACAAUGGAAGGCUCAAAGUUCAGCGUCUUUGUGCAGAGAUAGAGACACUAGCAGAACAUGGUAUCUUCCUGCCACCUAACAUGCAAGGUUUGACAGAUGAGCAGAUUGAAGAGCUGAAACUGAAGGAUGAAUGGGCAGAAAGAUGUAUUCCCAGCGGUGGAAGUGUCUUUAAAAAAGAUGAAAUAGGACGACGAAAUGGCCAUGCUCCGAAUGAAAAAAUGAAGCAGGUUUUAACAACAACAGUAGAAGAAGCUAAGGCACUAAUAUCUAAGAAACAAGCUCAAGCCAAUGUGUGUGUUAAUAUGAACAUGGUCAAGGAUGCCCUGGACCAACUCCGAGGAGCUGUAAUGAUUGUUUAUCCCAUGGGACUUCCCCCCUAUGACCCAAUUAGAAUGGAAUUUGAAGAUAAAGAAGAUCUAUCAGGAACUCAGGGUGCACUUGAGGUUAUUGAGGAACCAGAGGCACAGCUGUGGUGGGCAGCAAAGGAGCUGAAAAGAACAAACCAGCUUUCUGAUUAUGUGGGAAAAAAUGAGAAAACCAAAAUUAUUGUCAAGAUACAAAAAAAAGGACAGGGAGCCCCAGCUCGUGAACCUAUCAUAAAUAGUGAAGAACAUAAACAAAUGAUUCUUUUUUAUCACAAGAGACAAGAGGAACUCAAGAAAUUAGAAGAAAAUGAUGAUGAUUCAUUUUUAGAUUCUGAAUGGGCUGACAGUCAUGCCUUGAAAAGACACUUCCAUGGUGUAAAAGAUAUUAAAUGGGGACCAAGAUGAAAUUAUUUAAGAUGGAUUUCUUUUUCUUUUUGCAACACAUACUGAUUGAACACAUUACUGGCCAUUAUCAUUUGUGUGAAAUACUGAAGUCUAGUUGUAUGUAUAUCUCUAUUUUCAUGUUUGAUUUCAAAAUAUCUCAUCCUGAGGUGAACAUUUUUUUAAAUAAAAAAAAGGUUUGUGAUAUAUUUUGCAGAUCUCCUUUAAUAGACUACCAGAUCAAAUGUCUGUCGCUUAAACUAUCUGACUAGCUUCUAUUAAACUGUUAAAUUGAUUAUUCUCACUACCAAAUUGUCAUUCUCGUGCCCUUUUUCAACUGUAAGCAAAUUAUUCAAAGCAAUGUAACCUAUUUUGAAAGGCAGCCCUUCUUCAGUGGAUAGACCUGAUUGUAACUGGGGGAUUCAGAAAUUACUGGAGAAUGCAUUAAAUACUAUUGUUCAACUGUA